AUACGAAAAAUAGCGAUGGGCGUUAAGAGUUUUAAGUAUGGACCGAGGUUCCAUAUAUUUUACCGCACAUACGUGAAUCGUGGGUAACAGGUUUCAGUUCCAUCCUUUUUCAAACAACGAAGCACGACCACGUAUCCUUUGUCCGUCGAGGACAGAGCUAAUACUGUACUGCGGUCGAGUGAAAGCUAUCUACCAGGGCAAUAACACCGCAUUCGUUUAGCGGUUCUCCACGAUGAAGGUGUGUGGCUCUCUGAUUCUGCUCGCUAUUUUACUGCUCAGUGUCGGUGGCACUUCGACUUCGGCGAGGUCCAAACAUAAAAAGGUCGUGACUUGUUACGUCGCCACCUGGGCCGUUUACAGGCCGAACAAUGGAAAGUUCACGAUCGACAAUAUUCGGCCGGAACUUUGCACUCAUCUCGUGUACGCGUUCGCCGGACUGAACGAGACAACGUGGACCAUCAGGAGCCUGGAUCCUGGCAUGGACAUCGAGAACGGAAUCGGUAAUUACAGAAAGAUGACCCAAUUGAGGAAGAGGUAUCCCCAUUUGAACGUACUCCUUGCCAUCGGAGGAUGGAACGAGGGCAGCAAGAAUUACUCCGUGCUCGUUUCGUCUCCCGAGCGAAGAAGCAGCUUUAUCCACAGCGUGGUCAAUUUCCUUGGCGAGUACGGUUUCAACGGGUUUGAUCUGGACUGGGAGUAUCCGGGAUCACGGGGCGGAGUGCCGGAAGACAAACAGAACUUCGUCUCCCUCGUACAGGAAUUGAAGGAAGCGUUUAGAAGACCGAACUACCUCUUAACAGCGGCCAUAAGUUCCAACAGACAAACGAUCGACGCUGCGUACGAUUUACCCGAGCUCUGCAAGUACCUCGAUCUCGUUCACGUGAUGGCGUACGACUAUCACGGUACAUGGGACAAUAAAGUGUUGCCAAACGCGCCGUUGAAGAGCGACGACGGCAGCAGUGUGAUGGACACGUUGAGCUACUUGUUGAGCAAAGGCGCGCCGCCCAAUAAAACGGUGCUUGGUCUUCCCAUGUACGGAAGAACGUACGUACUGUCGAAGAAGCUGAACUCGUCUCGAGAAACACCUAUCGGCCAGCCUGCCGGAACUGACGGGUUCAAGGGACCGUACACUGCUCAGAACGGUUUUAUGGGGUACAACGAAAUUUGCGAGGAGCUAGUGAAUAAUCCGAGCAAGUGGAGAACCGGAUGGGACGAGAUCAGCGAGACAGCUUACGCCGUCAAUGAUGACAAAGUCAUCGUGUACGACGAUCCGAAGAGUCUCAGAGCAAAGGUUGAACGCGCGAUAAGUUUGAACUUGUCCGGUGUAAUGAUUUGGAGUAUCGAUACCGACGAUUUCAGUGGUAAAUGCGCGUCUUUAAGCGACUCUCUGGACUCUGCACACGGCACCUUCCCCUUAAUGAGAUCGAUCAACGAGGUCUUGGGAAAUUCGAUGAGUAAUCACGAUAAAGGAGAGAGUUCGACACGUAAACCCAACUCCUCCGCCUCGUCCGUUGCAAGUUUCUUCUGUUACUUUCUUCUUUCGACAGUGUUAUUUUCUGUACAUUACGCUCGAACAGGUAUAUGAAGAAGAAGCACCGAGUACUUCGUACUGAGAAAUUGAAUCGAGACAUUUCGAUCGACGACUUCUCAAUUCGAGUCUUCCUCUGUUUCGAUCGUUCGCCUACUUCUGUCUACGCGCCGUCGGCGAGUACUCACAAUGAAUCGCAAUUACAUAUUAUUUAGAAUUUGUACACCAGCCGUGUACAUACGUACAAAUAAACUUUUUACUCGACAGCGUUUCGUACAUUUAAA